CUUUGGUUUGUUAGACAGAUUUCCGACUUAUUGAUCAAACAUGAGUAACUUUAUUAGAUUUCAAUCGCGCAUUUGGCAGAAAGCUAUGAUUACAGACGUAUUUUUUAGAAGUGAACUUUCAAGUAACUCAGAAUGUAACACAAGCCAUGAAAGUAUGGAAUACAUUCGACAAAGUUUACUCCCAGCAUGCUUUGUCGCUUGGCGCCUUUACAGUCAAAGGAAGAAAAAUGGCAAUGAAAAACUUAACAACUUUAUCAAUCUUUUAAAAAAGUAUCAGAAUCAGCAACAUCCCCCAAAAGUUAUGAAGAAGAAUGAACCGAGAAACGAAUUUCGCAACCGAUUUAAGGCACAAGAAGAAAUCAUCAAAGUGCAAAAAGUCAAGCUGAUCCACCAGGAAAAGAUGAUCGAACAACUAAAGCUGGGCAAUCUUUGUGACGCAAUUAACGAGUCAGUUAAGAAGACCAACACCGACAUUAGGGAGAUUUUCGGGAAUUGUUCGACGAAACUGAAAUGUAAGCUGAAAUCUUCGCUUCUCUUGGACGAAGGUUUACAUUUCGCCAUAAAUUCAAAUAAAGCGCCUAAAAUUAUAAGGGAGAUAGAGCAGAGGGCGCUCGAACGCGAACGUAAGCGGCGACUAAUACGUGAAAAAAAACGAGUGAUAGACGAGACCAAGAGGCGGGCGAUCGAGGAAGACUUGGCGCAGAAGAGAACGCAAGACGAAGAGGAGAGACAGCGGAGCAUGGAAGCAAUGCAGAAACGUAGAAAGGCACAGUUAGAGUUUCAUCGUGUCGUUAAGGCGAAACGCGAGAAGUAUAUGAAAGAUUGUGUCAGAGCAGAUUUGUUUUACCGAAGUUUGCUGAAGAAAGUCACACUACGUACUUUAAAAAACUUGCUGGUUACUAAACGAGACAAUAUGUUCAUGAGCGGGCAGUUCUACGAAGACAUACUAAGGCGGAAUGCGAUGAAGUGUUGGAGAAAAUUCGUUGAAGCUAUCAACUGCAAGAAGAACGAAAAAGCCGCGAACUUGUAUAAUUUCAAAGCGAAAACUGCAGCGUUCCGUUCGUGGCUCCAGUUACACAUUGCCGGUAUACAACGAAGACAAGUCGCCGAGGACUUCUACCUAAUGCAGCUAGAAAAACAGAUAUUCCAUCAGUUCCACAGAUACACCUGCGUUCAGUACAUGCUGCAGAUCAAAAAUAUGCGCCGAGCUGAAAGUCAUUACAAUAGUCGAAUACGUCUACACUACUUUUACCAAUGGAAAUCCUACCCGGCGAUUAUGGUAAUUGAAAGGGCCAAAGAGGAAAAGAAGCGCAAAUGGAGGGAGAAGGUAUGGGAAGUCCUGCCGAAUUACCAACCAGUCUUGGAUACUUCUUUUUAA